AUGCAGUCGCUCGCUAUCUACGCUCUUCUGGCCUCGGCCGCCUCGCUCGUCACUGCUGGUCCAGUUCAAGUCAGAAAGGCAGCCGGGGGACGAACCAACCCGAACCAACUAGAUGAGUUGACGCCAGGCUCUCCGAAUAACCCGGGCGGCGCGGCACCGCCACCUGAACUAUUACCAGUGGACGGAUCCGACACCACAAUCUCUCUCAUCAUCACACCUACUUUCGUGGGACCUGGUGCAACUCGAGCGCCGAAUCCGCCCGUCCAAGAUCCCUCCUCUGGCACAGGAUUGCCCAUUCCUCCAAUGCAGCCACCCUUGCCAGGCGGAUCCGAUCCAGUGCAGCCACUCUUGCCAGGCGGAUCUGACACUAUAAUCACUACUAACAUCACGCCUACUUUUGUUGACCCUGGCGCAACUCAGCCGCCAGGUCCACCCGUCGAAGAUCCUUCCUCUAGCACAGAGUUGCCCAUUCCUCCAGAGCAGCCACUCUUGCCAGGCGGAUCUGACACUACAAUCACUACUAUCAUCACGCCUACUUUCAUUGACCCUGGCGCAACUCAGCCGCCAGGUCUGCCGCCAGGUCUGCCGCCAGGUCCGCCGCCAGGUCCGCCGCCAGGUCCGCCUGUCGAAAAUCCCUCCUCUAGCACAGAGUUGCCCAUUCCUUCAGAGCAGCCACUCUUGCCAGGCGGAUCUGAUACUACAAUCACUCUCAUCAUUACGCCUUCCUUUCAGGGACCUGGCGUAACUCAAGCGCCAAUGCAGCCCGUUAUCGAGCCGCCCAUUCCGCCAUCGCAGCCAUCAAUGCCUUCCGCGAUUGAAACUCCGGGGCGGGAAGACACCCCAGUGCAAGGCAAACCACCAGUCCCGAUGAUUACUUCUCCCUCUAUGCCUUUUGUAGCGCCUCCCCCCACAGACGGCGGUAUCCGAAUAUCCUUCAUCACCAUCACGUCGCUUGCAGAGGGGUCAGCUUCCACGGUUACCGUCACGGAGGAGGGUGCGGCUGCGACGCAUAUGGUUACUGUCACUACAACAGUCACGGUCGCACCGGGUGUCGACCCUGGUACAGACGGCACUGCGGUCGCGCCAUCGAGUUCGCCUACGGUGAUCGAAGCCACGCCAAACAAGGAUGGCAACGGAGUCGGAGUCUCAGUCAUCUCCAUUUACAGUCCCGGCAUCCCGGAUCCAACCGCCAAACCCAUGCCCAUACCGCCGCCGCCUGCUGACGAAGUUGGGAAGCCAGCCGGAGAGUCGAGCGAAGCCGCAGAGUCGAGUACAGCAGCGUCAACGUCGACCAGCUCUCCGGCAGACGCACCUCCGGAGACGUCGACACCGGAUGCAGCUGCGCCUCUCGAGUCGGCUGUGCAGGGGCUGCCCAGCGUUCUUGAUCCCACAAGUACUACUGCGGCGCAGCCAGCGGCGACAGUCCCUCCACCGCUACCGAUCAACUUGUCCGGGGUUAAGCUGAGCACUCUACUGGAUCUGGGCAACUUGAAUACUCCGGCAACGCCCGCAGCUGAAGCCACAAAAGUACAGGCCUAA